AUGAGGAUCGCACAUGGGCUCACACUUGGGUCCUAUGAACUGCUUUGUGAACAUGACAUUAGGGAGUCUGGAUUCUGUGCUGGGUGCAGACUUACCUCCCCUAUCUCUUCAGACACUUUCCAGGUUACAAUGUUGCUGGAGCAAAUCAGUGCCGAUCUCAGGAUGCUCACGGAAGCUUUGGUCACCAAGUCAAACCUGGCUGUCCUGUUAACAGACCUUCAUGGAACCAAAAUGGCCAUGCUGUGGACAGAAGUGUCUGCUUUGGAAAGUAGAGUUCAGGCCUUGGAAGCCUCAUCCCAGACCCUGAAGAGCAAGGGUGUGGCAGUGGAACUGGAAGCUACGUGGCAAGGCACAAUGCUUCUGGCUCUACAUAGACAGGUGGAGGAUGUUGAUAACAGGGGAAGGAAAAAUAGCAUCUGAUUAAGAGGAACACCUGAGGCCCCAGAGGGUAGGAGGUAGUUCUCUCCAAUCUGUUUCGUAUGAUACUGUGAGAAUAUGCUCUGGAGCCACCCCCCCCCACCCCCCCCAGACACCAGAUUGUACACCCAGGGAUAUCAUCUGUUGUCUCCACUACUUUCCAGUGAAGAAAAGCAUCAUGUUUAAAGCAAGUGACAGACUAACCUGGGAUUUUAGGGACACAUUGGUGUCACUGUGCCAGGGCCUGUUACCAUUAUCCUGGAAGCACACAGGGCUCUAAGACCCAUCACUACAGUGGCAUAUCCCCUGUAAGUGGGGCAGUGUCAUCCCACAAGGUGACACUAAGCUUUCCUACCCUAGAGCCAGGGAUCAGCAAGGCUCUAGUAAAGGUGAGAGUUUAACAUCACUGUGUUAUUUAAAUGCUGUUUUGGUGAAUAUUACACUAUCAUUGUCUGUCUAUGUCUUUGCUUGCUUCGACAUUAUUUCUUCCCGGAUGCCAGGUGGGGUGCUGCCUUUAAGAGCACUUCUGCGUGAAUAAUUGAGCCAUAUAUUUUGAGCUUUAAUUAAUGUGAGUGUAUCUACCACAUGUAUUCUGCACGAGUGAAAUUUUUUCAGUACCAUAUGCAUGAUAUGUGCUUUUAUUGCCUUGUUUUUCAUGGUUUAUUAUAUUAUUUAAGUGUUCUACACAUCUACGCACAUGUAAUUUUGUUAGCGCGUCACUACUGUUAAAUAAGUCUGACACUUAUUAACACCUGUUUUGGGGGGCUUGCCUUUUAGCCUGAUUGCUAGAAGAGGUGCAAAUCUUCUUCCACAACAUGGAACUACCCCAAAAGUCAAUCCUAGACUGGUUAUUGAGGCCUUGGAUGCAGGCCCCAGUCCCGCACAACUGGCGGAAGGAGAGGACUAUCACUGCUCGUCUCUCCGGUCCAAAUGCACCCGGACCCAGCCCACCUGGAACGGAGGAAUGAGUCCCUAAACAGAGUCUCCAGCAGGUGCCGAGCAGCAGAGAAGACCCACAAUAGACCCACUACACUGUAGAGUGAUAGCUCCAUCUGACCACGAGAGACACUCCAGCCUCAGGUUGUAUUCACACAGCAUGGAUAUC